CACCAAACCAGAAGCAGCGGGAACCAAAUACCCUAAAAUCAAGCCUUUUAAUAUCGAUUCCCGCGAACUCAUUUCACCAAUCAAUCGUCCUCCCAGAAAGGUUCAGAGCCCUAAAAACCCAAACCCUUAGCCACACAACCCUUCGAGAAAGAUGUUGGAGCUUCGUCUAGUCCAAGGCUCUCUGCUGAAGAAGGUUCUAGAAUCAGUCAAGGAUCUGGUGAACGAUGCCAACUUCGACUGCUCCAGCACCGGGUUCUCCCUCCAGGCCAUGGACUCCAGCCACGUGGCGCUGGUGUCUCUUCUCCUGAGAUCCGAAGGUUUCGAGCACUACAGGUGCGACAGGAACCUCUCCAUGGGAAUGAAUCUCGGAAACAUGUCCAAGAUGCUCAAAUGCGCCGGAAAUGAUGACAUCAUCACCAUCAAAGCCGAUGACGGAAGCGACACCGUCACCUUCAUGUUCGAGAGCCCUACACAAGACAAGAUUGCAGAUUUUGAGAUGAAGCUGAUGGAUAUCGACAGUGAGCAUUUAGGAAUCCCUGACGCUGAGUACCACUCUAUUGUGAGGAUGCCUUCUGGUGAAUUUUCCAGGAUUUGCAAAGAUCUCAGUAGCAUUGGUGACACAGUUGUCAUCUCUGUGACGAAAGAAGGUGUGAAGUUUUCAACAGCUGGUGAUAUCGGGACAGCUAACAUUGUACUCAGGCAGAACACAACUGUCGACAAACCUGAAGACGCAAUUGUGAUAGAAAUGAACGAGCCUGUGUCGCUUUCAUUCGCUUUGAGGUACAUGAACUCCUUCACAAAGGCGACUCCUUUGUCUGAAACCGUGACAAUCAGUUUGUCCUCGGAAUUACCAGUCGUGGUGGAGUAUAAAGUGGCUGAGAUGGGUUACAUUCGGUACUAUUUGGCUCCCAAGAUUGAAGAAGAAGAAGACACUAAUGCCUAACACGUCUGUGGCUUCUGGAUGCAGAAUCUUUGGAACUCUUCGUGGAUGAAUGCUGUUUUCUUUACUGUAGUCCUUUGUUAAAAUAUUUUUCUGUUUGGAUUCAGUUUGUUUUCUGGAUUUACUAUGUUACUACUGCAACGCUAGAUUAGAUCAUGGUGAAAAACAAGUUCGACUGGUUUUGCAAUUUGAGAAAAAAAAGGUUUACAACUUU